CAGAUGAGAACCCCUUUUAUACGUGACCAAAAAAUUUUUUUGGUUCAUAUAAAAUAAACAUAUCAACCCGAACAGGAAAAAGAGAAAGAAGUCUGCCUCAUCAGAUCCCUCACCGUUUUAUUUCACAUCAUACAUAAAAAUGGGUUCAUACGACUAUGAUACACAGCGAACGAAUCCGGCAGGAGUCGGACAUAAGAAUAAUCACGCUGCCACAGAAGUAGCGGAGACAGAAGAAGUAAAGCAUCUGAAAUCUCAAUAUAAAAACGAAUUGACGAAACUACAAGAAAUAACUACUGAAUGGUCAGAAGCAGAUUUGCUCUUUGCCUUGCAAGAAAAUCAAGGAGACCUUGAGGUUACAAUUAAUCGAAUCAUGGAAGGCCACAUCUCUAAAUGGGGUGAGGUUAAAUCUCGAAAAUCUAAGAAAGAACAUAGUAGUAAGAAUAAACAAAGUGGACAACAAUUUGGUAACGCUCAACGUGGACAUCAGAAAGGUGGUUAUAGUGACCGUGGCAGGGCCCGCGGUGAGGGUGGACGUAGCGGAAGAAAUAGUGAUCGUACUCGAGGGUCAAGAAGAGAAAACGGUUCAGGAGGCUAUACUCGACCUCCACGUCAACAAAAUGGGACCAAUCACGAUGAUACAAACAACAUCACCCACGGUAAGGCAUGGGGCACUGAUAAUACCAGUAGCUCCAGAAAUAACAACAAUGAUAGCAACGAUAAUACUAGCACUUGGACAACUGAAAAUGUUAUUGGAGAUUGGUCUACCGAUAUUACAGCCCAAGGUGGUUCAUGGUCAGCUGAAAAUCCAGCAGAAAAUGCCAAAAGUAGUUGGGCCAGUGAUAGUAUUGACAAAGCUCAGAGUAGUCGGAGCAAAGAAAAUCCUACGGACGGAUGGAGUGGUGAUAAUACCCAACAGAGUGUUAAAGGUGUUCGGACAGCUGAUGCAACAGAAAGUAAUAAUAUCAGUACGGAUAAUAAUAUUGCGACAAGUCGAGAUAUAGACAAAGCUACUGAUAGCCUAAAACAUAAUCGAGAUUCCAACGUUGCAAAGGAUAAUUGGGACACUGAACAUCCUAAAGAUAAUUGGGGUGUAGAAAAUGAUAGUUGGGCUGCAGAUAAUCCGAAAGAUAAUUGGGGCUCUGACGAUUUUGGAGUUGAUACAACUAAGAAUGGUAAAAAUGUGAAGGAAGUUUCAAAAUCUCCAAACACUGUAAUGAAAUCUGUAGCUCCUACAAAAUCACCAGUUUCAAAUAGUUUACGGACAAUUCCUCCUAAGCCCAAGGCAUCUUGGGCUCAAAUUGUGAAGUGUGUUUUCGAUCAUGUCUUCAUUAAAUGUUUACAAUGUAGUUUUUAUAAUAUAAAUAUAUAUAUAUAUAAAAUAUAUGUAUAUAUAUAAUUAUAUAUUAAUCUUUUUUUUAAUCAUAUAUUAUUAAUAUGUC